AUGGUGAUCCUGGAUGCAUCUGAUGAAUGUCAUAUUGCUCUCUUUGACUUCAGCGGCGCCAGUGUCACCCGACAAUUCGACAUUAAAGUCACCCAAUAUGCUUGUGGAGAUGAAACAGGAGGACCAGAUGGUUGUCUGCAAUAUUUUACGGGAAUUGCUGGAACAUUAGCCAGCUUCAAUUUUCCUACUGAGGCUGCUACACUGUCUUCUACAGUCACCCAUUUAUCCAACCAAUGCUACACAAUAUGUUUCCGUCAGGAGCACGACAAAUGCGGCAUUUGUUUCACGCCGGUAAAUGAUGGGACCAUUGCUCCGGGUUCGUUUGGCCUUUCCAUUAGCUCAGACGCUGCCUCUGCAACCGGGGUUCAAGACUCGAAGUGCAGCGAGGAUUACCUGCAGAUUCCUGGCGCCGAACGAGGGUCCACAUUUGAGGUGGGCUCCACCAGUGCUAUAUUUCAUUCAAGAAUUUGCGGCAGAUUUUUCACACAUUCCGACGCCAGCGGUGUGGGCGGCACGGACAACUCAGAAUCAAUUUGCACCCAGCGGCGUCCCUUUCGAAUUCAUUUCAAGACUGAUGCGAAUGAAAAUACAUUGACAGAAGAUGAGGCCGAUAUGAAUGAGCAAGUUCUCGCUCCGGGUGGAAUUCUUGGAUUUAAUCUCAAUUACGCCCUUCAAGAUUGCUAGGGACCAAAAUCAAGUUACGCCUCAAAAGCCGAUGGGUGGAAAGCUCAUACCCCAUGUCCAAAUUGAAUGUAACACUAUCAUAAUGAUCCCUAUGUGAACCAUGUGAAUUCAACGAA